UCUGUGCUGUUGACGUAUAUGGUUAGGAACGUUGUACAAGAAAAUACAAUAAAUUUCUUGACGUCGCAGAAAUUUGAGGAUUUUGUAAUUUUAUCCAUACAAGACAUUGUGAUAACUGAGGAUGUCGAAAGUAUUGGACGAGGAAUUGAAGCAAGCCUUCUCAAAGUUGCAUGAGAAGAUGGUAGAUACUAAGCAAAAAUUGAAGUUGGCUGAUAUACAAAUCGAUAAAUUGCGGCGUACGAAACAGCGGGCAGAACUCACCACGAAGGAAAUUAGCAAUUUACCCGAGGACACAAGAAUGUAUGAGUCUGUCGGUCGAAUGUUCCUUCUAGAUAAUAUGAACAACAUUAAGGAGAAUUUGGAUAGUAGAAUAAAAACGUCUGAUGAGAAGAUCAAGACGCUAGAGAAUAACAAAACGUAUCUACAGCGGAGUUUGAAGGAGAGCGAAAAUGAAAUCAGAGAAAUGAUUCAGCAAAAGCAGAGCAAGGAGACUUCGGGUUAAAUGAGACUUGCGUAUCAAUGUGUGAAUGUGCUAUUUCAGUUUUUUCUCAUCAAUAUCUUUUAAAUUUUUCGGAUUAUUAU